AUGCAUUUCUCAUCCCUCUUUGGAACCCUGGCUACCGUGCUCCUGAGCACUAGUACGCUUGUGGCAGCAAACCCAAUCACGGCUAGGGCUCCUGAUAGGGCACCCACUGCCGCUGAGUGCCAGGCGCAACUCAACGUUCCCGCAGGGAAGACCCUGUUCUGGACUGGCGGUACCUCCAAAGAUGCUAUCAAGGCCGUCAGGGAGCGUGACUACUUGAAAGGCUACAAGAGAAUCUCGCAGAUGUGGAAGAGCCAGAGCUGGGCAGACCAGUACAUUAUGGACAUUAACUUGGAAAAGGACUUCUGGUGCGCCUGCUCGACCGCGCUGGCCCAGCUGACUACGGGCACGGCCUAUGUCAUGAUGCCUACCGGCACCGGUAAUGGAGCCAACUUCGACUCCGUUUGGGCAGACUGCGAAUGGCCUUACAUCGGUCCUCAGACUCAGUAUGUCAUCCGACUAGACCCCAGUGAUGCUUCACACAAGGAGUACAUCCGUGGUGCUCCUCCACCAACUGCCCCUCCCGCGCCUCCUGCUCCCCCGGCCGCCCGCAGCGCUGCCGUUGAGUCCGACGGCUUCGUCGCCUUCGAAGCUUAG